AUUCAACCAAAGCUAAUUAACAUUCACAUAUAAUGAGUCCAUGACCAUAAUAAUUGUGACAAAAUUUUGCUCCAUGAUAAAAGAGGUCAAGUAGCAAACAUGGAACGGAAGCAACAAAACGAAGUACUCAAACACCACAAGAAGAGGCUCACCCAAGAUCAAGUAAAACUCUUACAAAGCAGCUUUGAUUUCAACAACAAGCUCGAUCCAGAUCGGAAACUCCAACUUGCCCAAGAACUCGGCAUACCCCCUCGAAAGAUUUCAAUCUGGUAUCAGAACAAGCGCGCCAGGUGGAAAACCGAGAGCCUAGAAGCCGACUCCAAGGCUUUGAAGCUAAGGUUGGAAACCCUGUUGGAUGAUAAUCAAAGGCUACAAAGUGAAGUAGGGAGACUUAGACUGGAGUUGCAUAGGGCUCGAGAAAUGCUAUCAUCUGCGAAUAAAUAUUCUGCCUUUUCUUCUCAAUUAUCAAGCUCUUGCGAUGAAGUUGGAAGCUCAAGUUUGAUUCAUGAUCAUCGACAUCAUAGCUCCAAACAUCAUUUGGACAAGGUUGAUCUGUUUGCUUGUUUAAUCGGUGGUUCUACUGGUCAUCAAGGUCAGUUUGGGUCAUCAGCAAGUGAUCACGAAUUUUUCCCUCCAUCUUUGUCUUGAUUGAUCAAAAGGUUAUGUGACUGAUGCAUCCACUUCAUGUAUAUACCAAUUCUUUUUCUCCAUCAAGAUUUGUGCAGUCUUUUGUAAUUGUUAAUCAAACAAACGUUGUGUUAUAUACUCCCUUUUAUCCAAAGUGAUUGUCCUUUGUCCAGUUUGGAUUUUCAGUUUUAGUUCAAUUUGUAUUAAAUUAAAAAUCUAAGUGGACAAUCAUUUGGAUAUGGAAGGGGUAUAUAUUUUCCGGCAUGAUGGCUCAUGCCACCUAUAAUAGACUACAGACUACUAGUAGUUUGGAAAUGGUUUUAGUUUUGUUUGUCGCACCGGAAUGGGUUGUAUUUGGCUAGUGGAUGUAGAAAUGUCCCACUCACGUGCAAGUUGGAUGGUUGAAUCAAUGAAGGAUGUAAUGAUAUAAUUAUGCAUUUGGUUCAACCAUGCCAAAGAAAGCUUUAGAUUUUGUUUUUGAGUACUAAGAAAAGGAGUCAAUGAAUUGCAAAGAGUAAUUUGACAAGGCCCCCUGCGUUGUACCUGCCAUUGAUGUUUCAUACGCAGAGUGAAUGUUUAGCUGAAAGACUUGCACGCCAAUUUGGAUGGGAAUGAAGCUGGAACUUUGGUCAAAAACAGAUUUAUGUCACUGACUUCAAAGAUGCGUAUGAUGUUCUCAAGGAACUAUGACUUAGAAGCGGCAGAUCUGUUUGAAGUCACAACAGCCAGCCAACAUCGAAAUCAGCCAAUCAAGGUGUGCAGACAGCAUGUAUCGGUUUCCAAAAAUGAUGAUGAGGUAUAGAAAUGUUCGCUUUGAAGGUUCACCUUUUUCAAGAUCAUUUUAGUUACCUUUGUAGAUUAAUGGAUUAUUUUGUUUUGAGAUUUCGUAAGUGUUGUAGCAGUCUUAUUUUGUUUUGAUAUUGUUUAGGUUAACUUAUGAUGUACAAAAUCAAACUUAAAAACUCAUCCCUUAUGAUGAACAAAAUCAUGAGGUCUUCUUUUUGCAUUGAUUUUUCUGCUUAUCAUGGGAUCCUUCUCACUGUUAAGGAUUUGCAACCACAAAGUGAAUGGCUGUACAUCAGGUUCUAGAUCCC